UCUCUCUCUCUCUCUCUCUAUGGAAGCACUAAGAAAUCUCGAUUGGGAAAACUUUUUAAAUUUUACAGAACUGCCAUCCUCUCAAUGGGGUGACCAGUUUCUCCGAUUUUCCAUGGCUGAUUCGAGAUUAAACUACUAAAGCCUGAAGUAAUAGCGAACAUAUUCAUGUUGCCUUCCAGUGACAAAGACGGACUGAAAACAAAAAUUCUUUCGAUUCAUUUUCUGGAGAGUCUUGGUCUCUCUUAUCAUUUUGAGAAGGAAAUCGAAGAGAGCCUGAAACAUGCUUUCGAGAAGAUAGAAGAUUUGAUCGCUGAUGAAAAUGAUUUGGACACAAUCUCAGCCAUGUUUCGGGUUUUUAGAACAUAUGGUCUAAAUAUGUUGUCCGAUGUUUUCAAAAGAUUUAAAGGAGACGAUGGUAAGUUCAAGGAAUGUUUAAUAGAAGAUGUCAAGGGUAUGCUAAGCUUCUACGAAGCAGUGCACUUUGGGACAACGACAGAUCAUAUUCUGGAUGAAGUUUUAAGUUUCACACUGAACCACUUGGAGACACUAGCUACAGGUCGCAGAGCGUGUCCACCACAUAUUUCAAAGCUUAUACAAAAUGCUCUUCACAUACCUCAGCACCGGAACAUCCAAGCGCUGGUUGCAAGGGAGUAUAUCUCGUUCUAUGAACACGAAGAGGACCGCGAUGACACACUUCUUAAGCUAGCCAAGCUCAAUUUCAAGUUCUUGCAGCUUCAUUACUUCCAAGAAUUAAAGACCAUCACAAUGUGGUGGAGGGAAUUAGAACAUACAUCAAACUUUCCACCUAACUUCAGAGAAAGAACUGUAGAGACUUGGUUUGCAGCAUUGAUGAUGUACUUCGAGCCACAAUUUUCACUUGGGAGAAUUAUGUCGGCUAAGUUGUACUUAGUAAUCACAUUUCUAGACGACGCUUGUGAUACUUACGGUUCAGUUCCUGAAGUUGAAAGCCUGGUAGAUUGUCUGGAAAGAUGGGAUCCGGAUUACAUGGAAAAUCUUCAAGGUCACAUGAAGACUGCCUUCAAAUUUGUGAUGUAUCUUUUUAAAGAGUAUGAAGAAAUAUUGAGGCCACAAGGAAGAUUAUUUAUGAUGGAUAAGAUGAUAGAAGAGUUCAAGAUAAUUGCAAGGACAAACCUCGAACUUGUCAAAUGGGCACGGGGAGGUCAUGUUCCUAGCUUUGAUGAGUAUAUAGAGUCUGGUGGAGCCGAGAUUGGUACAUAUGCAACCAUAGCAUGUUCCAUCAUGGGACUUGGAGAGAUUGGUAGGAAGGAAGCUUUUGAGUGGCUAAUAUCUAGACCGAAGCUCGUUCAUGUAUCUUUAUUAGCCAAAUUCAAAAUUAGUCUCCAAAAAUAA